AUGGAGGCCACCAAGGUUCGUGCAGUUCUCUUAAAAAAUGAGCAGCAUCCAAGUGAUGGAAAGCAAAUUCUCAUCAGUCCUCACAUAUCUAAAGAAGAACUAUUAUCAUUAGCUUCUCAAGAGCUUGGGAUCUCUGCAAAGAAAAUAUUUUCAGAUACAGGCCUACUUUUAAACAAUUUAUCAACAAUUGCAGAUGGUGUGACAUUCUAUGUUUCACAGGGGGAAAAUUUCCAAGUAAAAUCAAGUGGCGCUCCACAAAAAACCAGCAAAAAAUACGUAAUUGCUGUGCUUGGGGCACACAAAUAAAAUGAUGACGCUACUCAUUCUCUCCCGACUUAUUUCGAAUUUGAGGACCUUGCUGAAGCCAGAAGCCAAGUCAAGUAGGAAACUGAGUCUACAGGUACUGGACAUUUUAUUCCGUUGGGUUAUUACCUCCUACCUCCGGGAAUGAAAAAUUUGUGUCUUCCCAAUGGAUAUUUGUGAAAAAGGCUUUUUACCCCUAGAGACACUAAUGCCGACGGUGAAUGCAUAGUUGGCACCAAUACUAGUAGGGAGUUUAUCCCUAGCUGGAACUCUAGUCACUCAAGCGCAGCCGUCAAGACCCAAACCUGCGUACUCCAAGGUUUCGAGAUCACAUUAAGAGCCAGGCAGAAAGCUGGAGAGCUAUCUCUGGUAGAAAUAUUGACAUACCCAGGGAGGUUUCUUAGCAGCUGAAUGAGUCUUCUACUAAGACUUAUCUAGGAUGAGACGUAAAAAGAGGAAGAGAGCCGUACUAUAAUUAAAUUUUAAUGCCGUGCUUGGAGCUGCUGCCGUAGGAAAAUCUGCAAUAACUUUAAGAUAUGUCAAUAACAAAUUUAUUAGAGACUAUGAUCCAACUAUUGAAGAUUAUUAUACAAAAAACGCGAUUAUUGAUGGUGAGCCUACAGUUUUAUCAAUUUUAGACACAGCUGGAAUGGAGGACUACUUCCCAUUAAUUGAUGAUUGGAUUGACAAUAAAGAUGGGUUCAUUUUAGUCUUCUCAGUGGAGCUCCCUGAUUCUUUACAAAGAUUGAGAUACUUCCAAGACAAAAUAUUGCAUAGAUACAGUCAGCAAGGGAAUAAAGGGCCAGUAACGAUUAUGGCUGCUAAUAAAGUCGAUUUACCUAAUAGAAAUGUAUCAAGUGAAGAAGGGAGGAAGGCGGCUGAAAGUAUGGGUUUAAAGUAUAUGGAAGUCUCAGCUGCUACAGCUUCUGGAGUUGAUGAUCUCUUUGCUGAAAUUAUUAGAGUUCUAAGAUCUAGAAGGGCAACAAAUAAACCUGCAAGCAAGGAGCCAUGGUACAAAAAAAUGUGCUCUCUUCUAUAA